AUGCUAGAAAGCAUUUCCAUACUAACUCCUUAUCCAAAUAUUGUUGUCAUCAGUAUUGGUGUCGUUCAGUGUUUGCAUUCACUCACAGAUCAAACACUAUCCGAACGUAACGCUCGACACGUGUGGUAUCGGACGGCAGUCACUGUUGACUACAAAAAACUGUUUCAAGUGGUCAUCAAAUGUGACUACAAGUGUACAAAACGGACGGUUAGCUCAACCGGGAGAGUGGCCAUGGAUUUUCAGGAUAGCAAUGAUAAGAGUCAUAUAUAUGGUGUAAAUCAAUGGUUCAGACAUCCAUUAUAUACGGAUAAACUCAAAAAGUAUUUGGAUAUUGCAUUACUAAAAUUGGAUUCACAUAUACCUAUCACACAUACGGCCGGGUAUUAUACGGUAAACAGUAUUUGUUUGACCGACAAAAACAUUGUUAACAUCGAUGACGAGUUGGCACUGUUUGCUGGUUUUGGUUACAUUGAUCGGGGAGUCAGUAAUCCGGGACCAUUGAGAACGGGUUGGUUAAAGUUAAUGAAAACAUUUGGCAAUAUUACUGAUAUAUUUGGCGCUCGGAUCAUAGCCUUUAGAUAUCCGAAUAAUGGAGGAAUGGCUACUUGCAAGGGCGAUUCUGGCGGACCAUUGAUUCAAAAUGUUUUAGAUAGCGAUAGUAGUGAUGGUCAGAAUCGGGCCGUACUUAUCGGUGUGAUUAGCAGUUCAGUUGGAAAUAAAGCGAUCGGUUAUUGUCAUAAUCCCGAUCCCAAUACAAAAAUGGUUUUUAUACGUGUAUCAAAAUUUAUUGAAUGGAUUGUUGAAACUGUUUUAAGCAAUACUAACUAA